AUGAACACUCCCAGCCAUGCGCGAUUCGACGCCUCCUUCGGAGCAGGUGGUCUACGCGGUCCCUAUCUCACUCCCGAUCCGCCCUCAAUGGUCGACCAGCUGCCUAGUAUCAAGUUUGGUUUCGACGAUUUGCGCGAUCGCAUGGCCCGCUUUACUCAAAGAUUCGACGACUUCAUCGAGCAGGGUCGCAAGCGCGUUCUCGAGGAGCGCAAUCAUUUCCGCAUCAACAUGUCUGAGAUCCAGGAAUCUCAAAGAUCACGACGCAGAGAGCUCGAGGACAUGUCUAACAAGUCGAUCGCACACCAGAACACUCUAGCCAAGGAAGCACAAGAGCAUGAAGAGAUGCAACAACAAAUUGAAGAGCUCGACAUUCAACGCCAGAACCAUGAAGCCCACCGAGACGACCUUCGCUCUCAAAUCUCGUCGCUACAAAAAUCAAUCAACACCCGCCGCCAGGCCCAACACCACCACCAGCGACAACUCGACAAUCAAGCACGUCACAACCGACCAGAGCUGCACUUUUGGGAGUCUCAUCUCUGCAUGCGUAUCGAAGGUCUGGGCAUCGAUGACAGAAUCAAGUUCGUCUAUACACAUGUGGAUGAGAGGGACUGGGACCGUCAGUGCGCUUUUGAACUGAAUAUGGAGACAAAGGACUAUCAAGUUGUGGCAGUAGAGCCGGCGUUGGAUGAUGAGGCUGUCGAUGCUGUCGUGGAGCGUUUGAAUGAGACAAGGGAUUUGGCUGCUUUCCUCAAGGCAAUGCGUGCCUUGUUCACUGCUUCUAUCAGGCACUGA